AUGGGGAAAGUGAGGGGCCUGCGGGCCUGGGUGCACCAGGCUGCCGUGAGGCCCACAGGGGAGGCCACGCCCGACCCCGGGCCCCCCACACGGGAGGCAGCCCCUCUGCAGGCCUCGGCUGGCGGAGUCGUGGGGACGGAGUGGGCCUUCAUGAAUGCCAGUGUCUUUGCUGGGACCACGAAAGACCCCAGUGCCUUGGUGCAGAAGCUGGGCAUGGACGCAAGGGGCACCACCUCCAUCAGGAGAGGUGCCAAGGCCACGGCGGUUUUGCCCAAGAAGGAGAAGCUGAAGCUGAGGCGUGAGAGGUGGCUAUAG